AUGCUCAUGACCACAUCGAGAGACCCGUGUGCACAUAGCGAUGAGUACCGUAAGGCUUACGAUUAUGCCUAUACCUCUCAGUUGCACAUCCGAGAAGCAGAUCCUAUUAUAAGUUCUAAGUACGACGCAAUCAUUGUUGGAGGCGGAACCGCUGGCUUGGUCGCUGGCGCUCGAUUAAGCGAAGACGGAACGAAGAAAGAUUCUUGUAAUUGA